AUGAUCGGACAGACUCUGAUCGACAACGAUGCUUCUUACACGAAUUAUUUCCAGCACGUUUUUAACGAUCUGCGGAAGGAAAAACAAAAAACCAGCGGGACUCCGCUCACAAACCAUCCGUUUUACUGCUUCUCCUGUCACAGCUGUGAGCUGGAUCGGGACCUGGUGUGCGUCAGGGGGCUAUGGUGAGGCCAUGUGCUGUGGCUGUUGUGAGGAGAGAUGUACCAGCGUCAGUGGAGGACGACGGUCCAGAAAUUCCUGGCUGUGCAUCUUGUUGCUGUUGUGGGUGCUGUGGGGUCGAGCGCGUCCCGAGUGCCCGGACAACUGCCAGUGCGUCCCAGACACGGCCACGGUGCACUGCUCAGACGCUGGGCUGCAGGAGAUCCCGGACGGCAUCCCACCAGAAACCAUCGCUCUCCACUUGGACCACAACUACAUCCGCAACAUCCCUGAGAGUGCCUUCAGUGACCUGGUCCACCUGCAAGACCUUUACUUGUCCCACAACCGCAUUGACUCACUAUCUUCAGGGGCUCUGCGACAUCUGGGCCCUGAGCUGCGCCUGCUGGACCUGUCACAUAACCAGCUCAGGCAGGCCAGCAGGGAGGAUUUUGGCGCCACUCGCGCAAAGACGCGCCUCUACCACAACCCUUGGCACUGUGACUGCGCCCUGCAGGAGCUGAUGGAGACUCUCAACUUGGAGCCUGAGACCGUGAACGGGAUCAUCUGUGAGAGUUCUGUGCGCGGGAUGGGCGAGGGGAGCAGGUGGGAGGAGCUGGGCUCACACAGCGAACACGCUGGUAAAGUGCUCGUCAAACUGCUGGAUUCUGGGGUGAAUUUUUGUAGCCUGCAGAGAAAGACCACUGACGUGGCCAUGCUGGUGACCAUGUUUGUGUGGUUCUUCAUGGUUAUUGUGUAUGUGGUGUACUAUGUGAGGCAGAACCAAGCCGAGGCCCGCAGGCAUUUGGAGUACCUGAAGAGUUUACCCAGCCCACAUAAGACUCCCACAGAGACAGACACGCUCAGCACCGGCUUCUGAAUUCUGCUUAAUUUGGACUUUUAUUGAUUUAAACUACAAAAAACCUGCAUGGAGUUACUCAGAACUGACGUUGG